CGUCACCAUAUGUUCCACCUCCAUCCAAAUCCAAUGCGUCCGAUCACAUCCAAGAACGUCGCCGUUAUCGGCGCCGGAGCGGCGGGGCUAGUGGCGGCCCGUGAGCUCCGGCGGGAGGGACACGGCGUGGUGGUUUUUGAGCGGGAAAGCCAGCUCGGAGGGACGUGGGUGUACACUUCAGCUGUCGAGUCCGAUCCGCUGGGACUUGAACCGUGCCGGGAAGUCGUUAAUUCGAGCCUUUAUGCUUCUCUUCGGACUAAUCUCCCCCGGGAAGUAAUGGGUUUUCUUGAUUAUCCGUUUGUGGACACGAAAAAGGCGCGGCGAGAUCCGAGGCGAUUUCCCGGUCACCGGGAAGUUCUGGAGUACUUGAGGGAUUUCGCCGGCGAGUUUCGGGUUACUGAGAUGGUGAGGUUUUCAACGGAGGUUAGAUAUGUGGGGUUGGUGGGUGAUGGGAAGUGGAAAGUUCGGUCAAUUAAGAGAGGUGGCGGAAGCGGCGGCGGUGGCGGCGCCGCCGCAGAUGUAGACGAGGUGUAUGAUGCUGUGGUGGUGUGCAAUGGGCACUAUACGGAGCCCCGAAUUGCUGAAAUUCCAGGGAUGGAUGUAUGGCCACGGGAGCAGAUUCACAGCCACAAUUAUCGUGUGCCCGAUGGUUUUAAAGAUAAAGUCGUAGUGGUGAUAGGGGCUUCUGCUAGUGCUGAAGAUAUCUCGAGAGAAAUUGCUAAAGUUGCUAAAGAGGUCCAUAUUGCAUCGAGGUCGUUUCAAACUGGAAGCUCGGCAAAGUUGCUCGGGUAUGAAAACGUUUGGCGCCACCCCAUGGUAGAAGCUCUCAGCGCUGAUGGUGGAGUGAAUUUUCCCGAUGGAAGUGUAAUUUAUGCCGACGCUAUCCUACACUGUACUGGGUACAAGUAUCAUUUUCCGUUCCUUGAAACCAAUGGUGUUGUAAGCGUGGAUGACAACCGUGUAGGGCCACUCUACAAGCAUAUUUUUCCACCGGCCUUAGCCCCGGGGCUUUCAUUUGUUGGGCUCCCGUGGAAGGUCGUUCCAUUUAUUUUGUGUGAAUUACAGAGCAAGUGGAUUGCCCGGGUCCUAUCCGGCCGAGUUUGUCUUCCACCGGAGGAGGAAAUGAUGGCUGACGUUGAAACUCUCUACUCCGAUAUGGAGAAACAUGGCACGCUAAAAAGAUACACCCAUCGAGUAGGCGAGCAUCAGUUUGAGUAUGACGACUGGCUAGCUGCCCAGUGUGAUUUUCCGCCAAUCGAAGAAUGGAGAAAGGAAAUGUAUUUCGGGACUGGCCUGAGAAAAAGAGGGCAGCCCGAGACGUACCGCGAUCUAUGGGACGAUGAACACUUGAUUUCACAGGCAAAUGAAGACUUCAUGAGAUAUAUUCCAAAGGUCCCAAUAACUAAACUGUGAAAUAUUGCAACUUACAGUACAUUUUAUAGACUUAUCAAGUACACUGCAUAUUAUCUGUACAACCAUAUCAGCACUCACAUUCUUCAUUGAUUAAACAAAUUGAAAUGCCAAAGCAUCCCAUUUCCUUAA